AUGUCCGACGACGAGAUUUGGGAUGUUGAUCACGGUCUUUUGGUCGCAGACAUUAAAAACGUUGUUGAUGGGAAAGGAAAGAAGUCGAUUCUGAAAACAAAAGUAGUGAAGAAAAAGAAGAGUGUGGAAGGAAGCGUUAUAUUGUCGGAUCUUGCCGGAGCCAUUACAUCCACUAAGUCGGUUUAUGCUUUUUCUUUUAUCUUAGGUUUAGAAAUGUAACGAACUUGAAGGAAAACUUGGGUUUGAUUACACCUUCAGAGGAGAAAGAAAAGAAGACAAAAAGGAAGUCAAGUAAGCUCAGUGUACCCCUUCAUCGUCAGGAACAAACACGAGUUCAGAGUAAGAUCGCCUAUUCCGAUGUUAGGUAAGGAUAUUACACUCUUACAAGUGCUUUCAGGAAACAGUUACGAACAUGGGAUCCUGUUGUGCAAUCAAAUCGGGCAGCGGAACAGUUGAAGUUUCCCCUCGGAGCUCCUGAAACCUUUUAUAAUGAACCAGUUGCUGAGAAAACAAAGUCUUUUAAGGUAAAAAUACAUGUUAAUUAAACAAAAUAAUCUUUAGCCUAGAACAAGUCUUGAAUUACGAUUGGCGGAUGCACUGGGGCAAAGCAACAACAAGCUCGAUGCUGAUGAAUUGUAUACAGAAGACGAAAAGACCUUAUUGAAAGCGUUGAGUCUCAAAGAUGCAAAGGAAAGAACUGCCAAACUGCAGAAAAUAAGGGCGGUCAUGAGUUUCAGAGCCGCUAAGCACGCCCGAGAUGCCAAGAUAAAAAGUAAAACGUGAGUAUAAAGCAACGAGAAAUACACCUUUCAGAUAUCAUCGAUUGCGAAAGAAAGAACAACGGAAAAAAGUGAUCAAGGAAAUCGAAGAUCUCCUGGCCACUAAUCCCGACGCCGCUAAAGAGAAAUUAAAGGAAUUAGAAGUAGAUCGGGCUUAUGAGAGGGCUACUCUAAAACACAGAAGUACCAAUAAAUGGUCUGUUCAACUGAGACAAUAUGCGGCUAGGAAUCCUCAGAUGCAACAACUGAUAUCAGAACAUUUAAAUAUUGGGAGAGAAUUCAAAAAACGGCAUGGAAUGGAGGUGGAGGAAGAAAGCAGCGAUGAUGAGAGCGACGCAACUAAGCAAUUGACCAAGACUGAAAUCAUAAACGUGAGAGCUAGCUUUUGUGCCUAAUUAUUUAGUUGGCCGUUGAUCAAGUAGAAAGAGACGGGAAAAGUAACCCAUGGAGCAAGAACUCCUCAAUCAGGGCCACAAAGGCAACCGAACCUGUGGAGAUUGAUUUGCAAACCGGAGAUGUCUUGCAGCUAGAGGAUGUUGACAAUGAAGGUUUGUCCGUUUUUUUAUUUGCUUACAUUUUUAGUUUUGAAUGACGAAUUCUUGGCUAACGCUUUUGAUGGAGAAAAUGUCGUAGCUGAUUUUGAAAAAGAAAAAGAAGAUGAGUGCGAAAAAACCAAAGAAUCAGUAAAAGAUGAUCGAUUAUUUGGAUGGGGCGAUUGGACGGGAGAAGGAAUCGACCGCAAUCAAGAGAUGGAAAGGAAGCAGAGGUAAGGCAAAUACAAACUAAACUUAUGAAUGCCACAGAUUUGUCAAAAGACCAAACAAAAGGAGGAGAGUGGAUCAGGAUAAUGCGCAACUCAUAGUACGAGGCUCCGGAGACUCAGAAUUCCAGAAGCUUCAGCCUUCUGACGUUCCGUUUCCUUUUACCGCGGUUCAAGACUUCGAAGCUGUGAUACGUCAACCAUUGGGAAGGGAUUGGAACACGUCAUUGUCGCACAAGAACCUGGUCAAGAAGGCGGUUGUCACUAAGGCCGGAAGAAUAAUCAACCCUAUAAAAAAGGAAGACUUGCGGCCGAAUGAUGAACUCCCAGAGAAUGAGAUUGACGAGAUCUUUGGGUGA